CUACGAGAAGAAAAUAUAAACCCAUAAAAAUUAGGAGAAAAAUAAAUAUGUACAUUAUCAAAAUGAAACUUUCUUGAUGGUAUUCACUAUCUCUUCCUGCACGCAUUCUUUCAUUGGGAAUCUUUAUUACCAAAAGGAACAAAAAUAAAUAAAUUCUUUCAUGGGAACUCUGACUUUUCUUCAGGUUCCAGGAUGGUAUUUACUAUUUCUUCCUACACGCAUUCUUUCAUUGGGAAUCUUCGGCAAAAACUGUAUCGCAUUUGAUCACAGCAAAAACAUAUUGCAAAGCACCCUGCACAUGAACAACUACCGUUGCCGCUGGCGUUUUCUGCAGAAAAAUAAAUAAAUAAAAUGGCAACCUACAAUGGCAACGUUUCUUCUUCCUCUACAACCCGAGGGGGUGCUUUCAGGCUUCGUUGGGAUGUGUUUUUGAGUUUCAGAGGCGAAGACACCCGCCACAACAUCACCAAGAACAUCUACCACUCUCUUCUGAAGCAUGGCGUCCGAGUCUUCUUAGACGACGACGGUUUGAAUCGCGGUGACGAAAUUGCUCCAAGUCGACUCGAAGCCAUCGAUGACUCGGCCGCUUCGAUCGUCGUUUUCUCGCCCAGAUACGCUGACUCUCACUGGUGUCUGGAGGAGCUGGCUAAGAUUUGUGAGUGCCGGAGAUUGAUCCUUCCGGUUUUCUACGGAGUCAGUCCCUCUGAUGUUCGGCGGCAGAGAGGACCUUACGAAAAGCAUUUCAGAGUUCAUGAAGAAAGGUUCGGAAACGACAGGGUUUUGAGGUGGAGGAAUGCCAUGGCGAAAAUUGGUGGCAUUUCUGGUUUCGAUUUGUGGGUUUUCAAGGACAGUGAGGACACGGAAAAGAUUCAAUCCUUAGUCAAAAGGGUCUUGAACGAAAUAAGCAAUACUCCUAUGGGUGUGGCUGCUUACAUUGUUGGACUUGAUUCCCGUGUUGAAAAGUGUAUGAAAUUGGUAGAUGUCAAAUCAAAUGGCAUCCAAGUUCUAGGAUUGUAUGGCAUAGGUGGGGUUGGCAAGACCACCCUUGCCAAGGCUCUCUUUAAUAAACUUGUAGGCCACUUUUCGGUCCACAGUUUCUUAUCAAAUGUGAGAGAAAAAUCAACCAAGGGUGAUGGUAUUAUAUCUCUUCAAAAUGAGCUUAUUAAUUGUCUUUCCCCUGGUACGGCUCCUGUAAGUGAGGUCAAUGCUGGUAUUUCUGCAAUCAAAGUCAGAGUAAACGACAAGCGACUUCUUCUUGUUUUAGAUGAUAUUGAUCAUGGAAGUCAAGUGAACGCUCUGAUUGGGAAAAGAGAAUGGUUUUAUGAAGGAAGUCGAAUUAUUAUCACCACGAGAGAUAGAGAAGUCUUUCCCAAUAAUCUUGUGACUGAAUGGUACGAAGUGAGAGAGUUGCAUGCAUCUGAGGCUCUACAGCUAUUUAGUUACCAUGCAAUGAGAAGAGAGAAGCCAACAGAUAAAUUUUUUCAUCUGUCUGAGCAAAUUGUGUCUCUUACAGGAUCAUUACCAUUGGCUGUGGAAGUCUUUGGUUCUUUCCUAUUUGAUAAGAGAAGAGUAGAGGAAUGGGAGGAUGCUCUCAGCAAACUGAAAAAGAUUCGUCCACGUAACCUUCAUGAUGUGCUAAAGAUAAGUUAUGAUGGGUUAGAUGAGGAAGACAAGUGUAUAUUUCUGGACAUUGCAUGCCUAUUUGUUAGAAUGGAAAUGAAGAGAGAAUAUGCAAUUGACAUUUUGAGAGGAUGUGGUUACGAGGCUGAGAUAGCAAUUGCAAACUUCACAGCAAAGUUACUCGUUAAGAUUAAUGAAGAUAACAUUUUGUGCAUGCAUGAUCAAAUUAGAGACAUGGGACGACAGAUAGUCAGACAAGAAAAUUUUGUUGAUCCUUGCAUGCGUAGUAGACUGUGGGAUCGUGAUGAAAUUCUAACUGUCUUCCAGGAUGACAAGCGUAGCAAAUGUAUACAAGGGAUUGUCCUAGACAUCAAACAGAAACGCAGGGUGAAGGAUCCUAGUGCUGCCAGAUUAUCUUGGCAAAACCUCCGAAGAAACCCCAGUUUCACUUCUACCAUUUCCUACUUAAUGGAAAGUUACAAAGAAUGCCAGCAAGAACGAAAAGAGAGAAAGAGAGAGGUUUCAAUUUGCUUUAAACCACUUGGAACAAUGCUCCACCUGAGAAUGCUUCAAAUAGAUUAUGUCAACAUUGAGGGGAAGCUGAAAAAUCUACCUGCUGAACUAAAGUGGCUACAGUGGAAAGGAUGUCCUUUGAGAUAUCUUCCUUCUAAUUUUUGUCCUCAGGGAAUUGCUGUCCUUGAUCUUUCAGACAGCAAACUUGAAAAAGUUUGGGGUUGGUCUGCAAGCAAUGUGGCUGAUAAAUUGAUUGUAUUGAAUCUUAGUGAAUGCUAUAAACUAACGGCUCUGCCUGAUUUAUAUGGGAAUCGAGCUUUGGAAAAGCUUUCUCUCGAGAAUUGCAAAGGAAUUGUUGAGGUCCAUGAAUCUUUAGGGAAUCUGAAUACAUUGCUGCACUUGAAUUUGAGAGGCUGCUCAAAUCUUAUUAGACUUCCCUCUGAUGUCUCUGGCUUAAAACGACUUGAGAACCUUAUCCUCUCCGGCUGUUCCAAAUUGAAAGAACUCCCAGAAAACAUAGGCAGUAUGGAAUGUUUGAAGGAGCUUCUAGUUGAUUAUACUGCAAUAGAAAACCUUCCUGAAUCUAUCUUCCGCCUUACAAAGCUUGAAAAGCUUAACUUAAAUCGCUGCAUACUUACAAGGCUACCCCAGUGCAUAGGAAAGCUGCAUUCUCUGAAAGAACUCUACCUUAAUAACACCGGGUUAGAAGAAUUGCCGCAUUCCAUUGGAUCACUAGCAAGCCUUGAGAAACUUAGCGUGAUGCACUCUUCAUCGUUGACUGUACUUCCUGAUUCCAUUGGAAAUCUCAACUCUUUGACUGAGUUAUUCAUUUUGGGCAGUCCAAUUAAAGAGAUACCUGUGCAUGUUGGUUCAUUACUAAAUUUGAAGAACUUAUCGGUAGGAAAGGGACAAGCUUUAACCAAAUUGCCUGAUGAGAUUGGAAGAUUAGAUUCCAUCGUUGUGCUUGAGAUAGUUGAGACAUCAAUCAGAGCUCUGCCUGAGCAGAUUGGAGAGCUGAAAUUACUCGAGAAACUUGAGAUGAUGAAAUGCAGAUAUCUCAGAUCAUUACCAGAAUCAAUUGGAAGCCUGUUUAGACUAACUACUUUAGUCUUAUACGAAGCACAGAUUACUGAGUUGCCGGAAUCAAUUGGGCUGUUAGAAAACCUAAUAAUGCUAAAACUGAGCCAUUGUAAACAGCUCCAUAAGCUUCCAGGUUCAAUAGGAAAAUUAAAGUCUUUGCACCACCUAUUGAUGGAUGAUACUGGGGUAACAGAAUUACCUGAAAGUUUUGGAAUGCUUUCAAGUUUAAUGACACUAUAUAUGGCAAAGAAUCCUCCUAGUACUAGUAAGGGUACAGGGGAAGCAAUUGGUAGCUCACGAGGGAAAGUUAUGCUCCCAAACUCUUUCUCAAACCUGUCUUUGCUAAAUGAAUUUGAUGCUCGAGGUUGGAAAAUAUGUGGUAAAAUCCCAGAUGAUUUUGAGAAGUUGUCAUCACUAGAGAUUCUGAAGCUUGGUCACAAUCAUUUUUGCAGCCUUCCGUCCAGCCUGAGGGGGCUGUCCUUUCUCAAAGAGCUUUCUUUGCCAGAUUGUGGAAUGCUCAAAUGCCUCCCCCCGCUUCCAUCAAGUUUGCUAUGGGUGAAUAUUGCAAACUGUACAGCAUUAGAAUGUAUCUCUGACCUUUCAAACUUGCAGAGCUUAGAGGAACUGAAUGCUACCAAUUGUAAUAAAGUUCAGGAUAUUCCUGGCCUUGAAUGCUUGAAGUCCUUGAGAAGGCUAUACUUGAGUUGUUGCAGUUCUUGUCAUUUGGUAAUUAGGAAAAGACUGGCUAAGAGCUCGUUGAGGAAAAUUCGCAAUCUGAGUAUGCCUGGAAGCAGGCUCCCAGAUUGGUUAUCUCAAGAUGUGAUUAAAGUCUCAGAACGCAGAAACCGUGCUAUCAAAGGAGUAAUUAUAGGUGCAGUUGUCUCUCUCAAUCAUCAAGUACCAGAUGACUUCAGAGAUCAGCUUCCUGCCAUAGUUGAUAUUCAAGCAAAGAUCCUCAAACUGGAUUUUCCCGUAUACACUUCAGUGUUGAACUUGGAAGGAGUACCAAGUACUGAUGAAGAUCAAGUUCACUUGUGUAGGUAUUCUGUCAAUCAUCCCUUGGUUUCUCAAUUGAAAGAUGGCUAUAACAUACAGGUAACAAAGAGAAAUCCACCAUAUACAAAGGGAAUUGAGCUGAAAAGGUCUGGGAUUUAUUUGGUUUAUGAAGGUGACGAUGACUAUGAGGGAGAUGAAGAAUCAUUACAAGGAAGCCAGCAAUCCAUUUCAGAAAAACUAGCAAAUUUUUUCAGGAGUCUAAAAGAAGAUUAAUCUGCUUCUGAAUCCAGUGGCGUAACUAGGAGUGAAGUCCAAGAGAUUGAGAGAACAGAACAAAGAGCCUCCUUAGCAAAUUUGUGUCUGUUUUCAUUGUUCUACCAUUUAUAUUUAUUUUGUUUGCUUGGUUUUACUUAUGAAGUUCAUCACCAUACACUCAUUAGUUGUACAGAUUCUCAGUCACAUAUGUUCUCUGUUUAGUGAAUGUGUAAAUAUAUUCCUCAAGUUGAAAUUAUUUCUAGUGCAACGGGACCCACAUGUGUAUAGAGGGGAAAGUUUGUACUCCCAUUGUAUUGUUGAUUUUUCCCUCAAGUUUGAUCUUUAUUCUAUUUCUCGGUGAAUGUAAAAUAAGA